AUGUCUUCCUCUCUCGAGCAGCUCAAGGCCACCGGCACCACCGUCGUCUGCGACUCUGGUGACUUUGCCACUAUCGGCAAGUACAAGCCCCAGGAUGCCACCACCAACCCCUCCCUGAUCCUGGCUGCCUCCAAGAAGGCCGAGUACGCCGCUCUCAUCGAUGCCGCCGUUGCCUUCGGCAAGACCCAGGGCAAGACCGUCGACGAGCAGGUCGAUGCCACCCUCGACCGUCUCCUCGUUGAGUUCGGCAAGGAGAUCCUCAAGAUCAUUCCCGGCAAGGUCUCCACCGAGGUCGACGCCAAGCUGUCCUUCGACACCAAGGCCACUGUUGACAAGGCCCUCUCCAUCAUCAAGCUGUACGCCGACAACGGCAUCUCCAAGGACCGUAUCCUCAUCAAGAUCGCCUCUACCUGGGAGGGUAUCCAGGCCGCCCACAUCCUGCAGUCCCAGCACGGCAUCAACUGCAACCUGACCCUCCUCUUCUCCCUGGUCCAGGCCAUUGCCGCCGCCGAGGCCGGUGCCUUCCUGAUCUCCCCCUUCGUGGGCCGCAUUCUCGACUGGUACAAGGCUGCCCACAAGCGCGACUACACCGCCACCGAGGACCCCGGUGUCAAGUCCGUCCAGGACAUCUUUAACUACUACAAGAAGCACGGCUACAAGACCAUCGUCAUGGGUGCCUCCUUCCGUAACACCGGCGAGAUCACCGAGCUGGCCGGCUGUGACUACCUGACCAUCUCCCCCAACCUGUUGGAGGACCUGUACAACUCCACCGCCGCCGUCCCCAAGAAGCUCGAUGCCGCUGCCGCUACUUCCCUGGAUAUCCCCAAGCGCAGCUACCUCGCGCACGAGGCUGCUUUCCGCUUCGACUUCAACGAGGAGGCGAUGGCCGUCGAGAAGCUGCGUGAGGGUAUCUCCAAGUUCGCUGCCGAUGCCGAGACUCUCAAGGGUCUGCUCAAGGCUAAGAUUGAGGCUUAA